CAUUUACGUCGCGAACUGUACCGGAAGAGAUCUCAAACCUGCGAAGCAAAUGUGGCUUGUCGCUUUGAUUUUCGCCAUUUAAGACGUCUUUAACGACUAUACAACAUUCGCUUUUAACUCAGUAGGGCCAAAUUAAAAAAUAACGCGUAUUGGCUGCGAAGUGGUCAGUUUUAGAGAGAAGGGCGUGCUUCAAUCCCAACUGUUGGCACACUUCGCCCCCUCCUCCCUCCUGCUACAGUCCUCCACCCCAUUUCUGGGUGCUAGCUUGGUGAUAGCCGUUGCAUGUCGUAGCACUCCCCCCACAGUAAAAAGUUCUGUUGCGUCCCAAUUGUUUUAUUUUUCCCUCGGAGAUAACUCUGCCGCAAGAUGGGAUGUACGCUGAGCACGGACGACAAGGCGGCUCAGGAGCGGAGCAAGAUGAUCGACAGGAACCUCCGGGACGACGGCGAGAAAGCUGCCCGGGAGGUGAAGCUGUUGCUGCUUGGUGCUGGGGAAUCUGGGAAGAGUACCAUUGUUAAGCAGAUGAAGAUCAUCCACGAAGCGGGCUAUUCGGAGGAGGAGUGCAAGCAGUACAAAGCGGUUGUCUAUAGCAAUACCAUCCAGUCCAUCAUCGCCAUCAUCAGAGCCAUGGGACGCCUCAAGAUUGACUUUGCUGAUCCAGCCAGAGCGGAUGACGCUCGGCAGCUGUUUGUGUUAGCCGGCUCGGCUGAGGAGGGCUUCAUGACUGGCGAGCUCGCCGGGGUCAUCCAGCGGCUGUGGAAGGACGGUGGAGUCCAGGCAUGCUUCAGCCGCUCCAGAGAGUAUCAACUCAAUGACUCUGCAGCAUACUAUUUGAAUGACCUGGACAGGAUAUCACAUGGCGCUUACGUGCCCACCCAACAGGACGUCCUGAGGACCAGAGUGAAGACGACUGGCAUUGUGGAGACACACUUCACCUUCAAGGAUCUGCAUUUCAAAAUGUUUGAUGUUGGUGGCCAGAGAUCCGAGAGGAAGAAGUGGAUCCACUGCUUCGAGGGCGUCACUGCAAUCAUCUUUUGCGUGGCUCUCAGCGACUACGAUCUUGUGCUGGCGGAAGAUGAAGAGAUGAACCGAAUGCACGAGAGCAUGAAGCUGUUUGACUCCAUCUGCAACAACAAGUGGUUCACGGACACCUCCAUCAUCCUCUUCCUCAACAAGAAGGACCUUUUUGAGGAAAAGAUCAAGAAGAGCCCGCUCACUAUCUGCUACCCAGAAUAUGCAGGUUCCAACACCUACGAGGAGGCGGCCGCCUAUAUCCAGUGUCAGUUUGAAGACCUGAACAAGAGGAAGGACACCAAGGAAAUCUACACCCACUUCACCUGCGCCACCGACACCAAGAAUGUGCAGUUCGUGUUCGACGCGGUCACCGAUGUCAUCAUCAAAAACAACCUGAAGGACUGCGGCCUUUUCUGAAGGCAUCCAGUGGUUCACCUGCCAAGUGACUUUAUUCGAGGAGCGUCUGACCUUGGUAGACACUGCCGACCAAUGUCACUUUUAUCGUCUUAUUAAUAACUUAUGUUCAUCUCUAAAAGGUUUUAAUGGCGGCACUGUAGACGAACCAUUUUGUGUAAAAUAUUUGUACAACUGUUGAUGGCUGGGGAUUUUUCACCAAUUUAAAAAAAACAACAACAAAAAAAGUGCUAUCAUUUUAUUUUUUUUAUAUAUAUAUGUAUGAAAAGGAGAUUCCUGCUUUUUCUGUUUUUCACCCUGGAUGAAGACUUUUAUUUCCUAGGUGUGUCUGCCUUGCACGCCUUAGUUGCAGUGUUCUCCUUAAGUUGACUUAGAUGUUAGGUCUAUGUGCUAGAUGUUACCAUCUAACUUCUUCUGACAAGCCCACAGUCCAUUCUGUAUUUUUAUUUUACUGAUUUUUUUUCUUUGUCACAAUUUUUUUUGCUUCUCCUCCUCCAUGUACAAAGCAAGUAUGACCAAGUUGCUCUACAGGCCAAAUUCUCUCUGACAUACUGUGAGAGCUGCAUUUAACCUUUUCAGCCAUUCGCAUGUGUGCAACGAGUGCAAGCUGUUGAGACCAAAAGCCUGUGAAUGUGUGUGUGUGCAUGUGCGUGUUUGAAUGCGUGAGUAUGCACAAUAUAAAAACAAAGGGACUUUAAUCCUCUACGACGCGUCAUCCUCUUUCAAAGUUGUAUUUUUCUAAGCGACCAAAAAGAAAAAGAAACAAGCAACAUUCCCGAUUUGAAUCCCAGAAGAGAAGCUUUGAAAGGAGGAUGCCCACGGCGGGCGGCUUUGUAGCACACAACAAGUAAGGAGAGUAUGUUGAUGAGUGCAGCGUACACUUGCACCGUUAUCGGCUGUGAUCUGUGAUGGUUUCACGUUACAUAGCCCUCCACCACAAUGUCCAACACCACCCUCCCAGCCUUCUGUUUCCACUGGAUGGGGACAUUGUGGUCUCAUCUCCAUGAUUUUGCUAAUAAAAGAAAUGCUGUGGUGAAACCAUGGCAUCUUAUGCAACAAA